AUGGCUGGAUUUAGAAGUAGUAAAUGGCUAGAAAUUCGGACCUGCAUUAAAGCAAGGAGUCAUUUGGGUUUAAGUGCACGGGAUCUUUUUGCUGAAAUUUGUGACAUAUAUGGACACCAUGAAGUGUCUUACAGCACUGUUACCAGGUGGAUAUCCCAUUUUAAAUCGGGUCGGGAGCAGUUGCAAGAUUUACCAAGGAGUGGGCGGCCAAAGUCUGUGACCACCGACAAAUACGUCAAAAAAAUAAAACAACUAUUAGAGAAAGAUGCUAGAUUAACUUUGCGAGAACUAGCUCGUCUUACGGGGAUAUCAUCGGAACGAGUUUAUUCUGUUCUAAAGGAAAAGCUGAAAGUUACAAAGAUUUCUGCUCGUUGGAUCCGUCAUUUGCUGACGCCACAGCAGAAACGGGAGCGUGUAAAGAAGGCCAAGUCACUACUGAAGUUGUACUCAGAAUGUAAAGGUAACGCGUUCACUGAAUUGGUAACGGGUGACGAAACAUAG